AUGAAUGGCGAUAUCAGUAUGGAGGAGCUGGAGGCAGUGUGCGUGGAGAUCGGGCGCGGGCGCAAGACUAUUACGGCGUCGUUGAGGGAUCUGGAUUCGGUGGUGGGGAAGCUAGAUGAUCUGUUUGUGUUCAUUAAGCACCCCUUUGAUGUCGGGGAUCGUGUUACGAUUUACGGGAAUACGGGGGCGAUGGGGUUAGGGGAUGAUUACUUCGUCAAGGAGAUUGCGCUCUUAUUCACCGAGUUCAAGAAGGCGGAAGGACACGUCGUGCAGGCGCCUAACAGCUACUUGAAUACGCUGUUCAUACUGAACCAGCGCCGCAGCGGUGGACUCGCGGAGGCGGUGCCGGUGACGAUGAAGUUUGGGACGACGAUUGAGCAGUUGGAGGGGUUGAGGGUGGCGCUGUUGGAGUCUGUGGGGACGGAGAGUAGGGAGCAUCAGAAUAAUAUUCUGACGGAGCUGAAGACGGUGUAUGAGGCGUACAGCACUAGUAAGAAUGUUGUCUUCUUUUAUAAGAGUAACUGGCAGGCGUCUGCAGAGACGGAAUAA